AUGGCUGCAGACGCUGAAAGACAUCGUAUAACACGGCAACUUGAGACUGCCCGAGGGAGAAGUCACAGGCUUGAACAAGAGAGGACACGACACGCACACAGAAACCUUAUAUACUGGCAAAACCAACACAACAGUGGAUUCCUGUAUGACCCGCAUAUAAACUAUAGUCAAGCUGCAAAUAUUGGAGAAUUCAAUAAAGCUUGCAGAUUUUGUAAUGCGUUGACAUGGGAAAAAGAACCACCUGGAAUAUGCUGUGCUUCAGGUAAAGUGUCCAUUGCGCCUAUUUUAGAGGCACCCGAGCCUCUCCGGUCUCUUAUAUCAGAAAAUUCCCCUCAAUCAAGAAACUUUCUUAGAAAUAUCAGAGCUUACAACAGUGCCUUCCAGAUGACAUCCUUCGGAGGCAAUGAGAUCCGGGAAGGAGCCUAUAUGCCAACAUUCAAGAUACAGAGACAAAUUUAUCACCUGAUUGGGUCUCUUUUACCACCACCUGGCCAGCCACCAUCUUUCUUACAAAUAUAUUUUGUAGGAAAUGACCAGGAUCAACUUGAAAGAAGGCGAAAUUUGUUUCAAGACCUUGAACCUGAUGUAUUAGCUGAAUUGCAGACCAUGCUGAAAAGCAAUAACUCAUACUUACUAAGUUUUAAAUCUGCGCUAGAAACAUUGCCUCUAGACUUACCUGAUUUGAAAAUUGUUAUUAGGGCUGACAGAUGUCCUGCAGGAGAACACCCAGGCAGAUAUAACGAUCCAACGGUCAGUGAGGUUGCUGUGUUGGUGGUUGGGGACCCCAGUGAUAAUCGUGAUAUCAUCUUGAACUCAAGAGAAGAUGGUUUGAAGCGAAUCUACGAAACUCACCGUUCAUAUGAUGCCCUACAGUACCCACUUAUGUUUUGCAGAGGUGAGGAUGGUUAUAGUUUCGACUUGAAACAUGUAGAUCCAAAUACUAGAGAGCCAACCAACAAGAAAACAAGCUCCUGGGAGUUUUAUGCGUAUCGCAUAAUGGAAAACGACGCGAAUCAUAUUCACCACUUUAAACAGCUUUUAAACCAGUACUUAGUAGACAUGUAUGAAAAGGUGGAGAGUGAAAGGCUACUAUAUGUCCGAACCCAUCAAAAAGAGUUAAGAGCAGAAAAUUACAUACACCUCCAAGAUGCUCUUAUACGAGAUGACAACGUAGAGCAAAUGGGACGAAAAGUAAUUUUACCAUCUACAUUCACUGGAGGACCAAGGUAUAUGCAUUCAAGAACUCAAGAUGCUUUCUGUUAUGUUCGAAAGUUUGGGCGUCCUGACUUAUUUAUUACAAUGACAACCAACCCAAAGUGGCUAGAAAUAACCAAUGUGAUUACAGAAAUGCAAACUGCUCAGGACCGAUAUGAUAUUGUUUCCCGGGUUUUCCACCUCAAACUGCAAAGCCUCAUGACGGUUCUAACUAGAGGGUUGCCAAACCCUGAGGAUGAUCCUAUACUUUCUGAUAUAGUUAAGACUCACAUGCUACAUGGCCCGUGCGGAGCUUUUAACGUAAGGCAACGGAGACUUCCCUGUAUGAAAGAAGGCCACUGCAGCAAAAGGUACCCUAGGCCGUUUGUUAAGGAAACAACUAUGGCAGACAAUGGAUAUCCCACAUACAGAAGACGCGCUCCAGAGGAUGGGGGUCAACAAGUUCUUAUUAAAGUUGGGAACGAAGACAUUGCAAUGGAUAAUAGAUGGGUUGUACCGUACUCUCCUGUAUUGUCUCGAAUGUUUGAAACGCACAUCAACGUUGAAUAUUGUAGCAGUGUAAAGUCAAUCAAAUACAUCUGCAAAUACAUCAAUAAGGGCACUGAUCAAGCUACAUUUUCCAUGGUUGACACAGAUGAAAUUCAAACAUACCAGAGUGGUAGGUACAUUUGUUCGUCUGAGGCAGUAUGGAGGUUGUUGUCAUUCCCUAUUCAUGAGAGAUACCCUUCUGUAAUGCACUUGGAAGUUCACCUACCCGAUGAACAAAACGUUUAUUUUCAACCAAAUAACGUGAGAGACAGAAUGGAACAAGAUACUACUCUCAUUGCAUUCUUCAACCUUUGUCAGACUGAUGCUUUUGCCAGGACUUUACUCUACAACGAAGUUCCCUCCUACUAUACGUACACGAAACAAAGAGGUUGGAGUAGGAGACGAAGAGGAACACCAGUGCCAGGACAUCCUGAUGUAAGACAGGACUCUUGCAUAGGAAGAGUGUAUACUGUCCAUCCUAACAGCAGCGAGCGAUACUAUCUUCGACUGCUUCUGCACACCGUUCGAGGUCCCACAUCUUUUGAUGACCUUAAGACCGUUGAUGGUGAAUUGCAAGAAACCUUUCAGUCUGCCUGCAGAGCUCUCGGUCUUUCAGAGGACGAUGUAUGUUGGGAAGCAACAAUGAGAGAGGCAGCCGUCGCAGACAGUCCUUCCAAGCUGAGAGACCGUUCGAGGUCCCACAUCUUUUGA